AAUUAUGAUGGGAAAAUGAUCUACCAAAACAUUAUUAAAGCCACAGAAGAAUUCGACUCCAAAUAUUGCAUUGGAGUGGGAAGUUUUGGAAGUAUUUACAAAGCUGAGUUGCAAGCAAGCCAAGUUGUUGCUAUGAAGAAACUUCACCCACUACUUGAUGGUAAGAUAUCCAAUCAAAAAGCCUUCAUGAGCGAAAUUCAUGCCUUAACAGAAAUAAGACAUCUUAACAUUGUAACGUUGUACGGUUUUUGUUCACAUCCAAAACACUCUCUUUUGGUUUAUGAGUUUUUGGAAGGAAGAAUCUUGGUGAAGUUAUUAAACAGUGAGGAGGGAACUAAAACAUUUGAUUUGAUUAAGAGAGCCAAUGUGGUAAAAGGAGUGGCAAAUGCUUUAUCUUAUAUGCAUCAUGAUUGCUCGCCUCCUAUAAUUCAUCAUGAUAUAUCAAGUAAGAAUGUUCUAUUGGAUCUAGAAUAUGUGGCUCACAGCUCUGACUUUGGCACUGCUAGGCUUUUGAAGCCUAAUUCAUCCAACUGGAUGUCACUUGCAAGCACCUAUGGAUACAUGGCUCCAAAACCUGCCUACACGAUGGAAAUUAAUGAGAAGUGCGAUGUUUUUAGCUUUGGAGUGUUGGCUUUAGAAAUAAUCAUGGGAAAGCAUCCUGUGGAUUUGAUCUUAUCUCUCUCAUCAUCAACAUUUACAACCCGUGAUAUGCUAUUGAAGGAUGUGUUGGACCAAUGCCUUUCACUUCCAAUAAAUCAAGUUGCAAGGGAAGUGCUCUCGAUUGCAAAGAUUGCAAUUGCUAGCUUGCACACUAUUCCCCAAUCUCGCCCAACAAUGCAACAAGUUUCUCAAGUGCUUUCAACUCAAAAACCACAUUUGCCUAAUACAUUAUUCAUGAUCACAUUAGGAUAA